AUGUUGUUGUUCUUGUUGUUGCUGUCAUUGACUCUAUCCCAAUAUCGGUGCGGACUUCGUUCCAAAUCAUCAUUGCCAACGGCCCCUCUUUCUGCACCCGGAACCCGAACCCCAAACUUCGGCAUGCCGAUAGACCUGAGCAACCCCAGACUUCCCCGCAAAGCCAAAAUAGUCAGGGCUAUCUACAUAAUAGGCGCCGGCCCCUCCGGCCUUCUCCUCGCCCUGCUCCUCUCCCGCCAUGGGCGUUCUCCUUCCAUAUCCUCCCCUUCCUCCCUCUUCGGACCACCCGACGGCAGCGGUAUAGGUAUCCCAGUAACCAUCCUCGAAGCCUCCCACGCACUCGACUCCCGCCCGCGCGCCGCCCACUACGGCACACCAUGCAUUCCCGACCUCAUUCGCGCAGGCAUCAUCGACAAGAUCCGUGAUCGUGGAUUUGUCCUGUCGAGUAUGACGUGGAGGAAGCCCAGGACUUUUGAAGAAGUAGGCGGGUUUGAGUCGGGAGGGUUGAGGGGUGUUUCGCUAGAUGGGCUGGAAGGGGUGCCGGAGGGGGUGUGGGGUUUACCUAUAGGGACGGAUGGGAAAGGAAAAGGAAAAGGAGAAGGAGAAGAAGAAGGAGAAGGAAAAGGAGAAGGAGAAGAAGGAGAAGAAGGAGAAGAAGGAGAAGAUUUGAGGACGCAUUGUCUUGUUUUGCAGGAUUUGUGUAAGGUGAUGCUUGAGGAGUGUGUGGAACGGGGGGUGGAGGUGUGCUGGAGGCAUAAGGUUGUGGGGGUUGGGCAUACGGGUUUGGGGGAUGAGGAUGGGGAAGAAGAGAAGGGAGAGGAAAAAGGGGAGGAAAGGGGGGCUUGGGUUGAGGUUGAGAUUACGGGGGAGGAUGGGGAAGUGAAGGAGAGGAAAAAGGUCGGUGGGGAGGGAUGUAUCGUAGUGGGCGCGGAUGGAGCGAAUAGUGCGGUUAGAAAGGGACUGUUUGGGGAUGAGUUCCCGGGGUUUACCUGGGAUAGGACGAUUAUUGCUACGAAUACAUACUACGACUUUGACAAAUUCGGCUGGUCCGACGCCAACUUCAUCAUCGACCCCGAGAACUUUUUCAUGGCAGCCCGCAUAUCCCCCUCCACCCCCUCCACCCCCUCCCACCCUUCUCUGUACCGCAUCACCUACGCCGAAGUCCCCAACCUCACCCACGCCCAAUACCUCGCCCGCCAACCCUUCAAAUUCCAAUCCAUCCUCCCCGGCUCGCCCACCCCGGACCAAUACCAACUCCUCACCCUCUCUCCUUACAAAAUGCACCAGCGCUGCGCGCCCUCCUUCCGCGUUGGUCGUGUGCUACUAGUAGCAGACGCCGCCCACCUGUGUAACCCGUGGGGAGGCCUGGGUAUCACAGGCGGGUUCGUCGAUGUAGGCGGGCUGUAUGAUUGUCUGGCGGGCAUCUGGGAUGGGAAAGCAGAUGAGGAGGAGAUUUUGGAGCUGUAUAGUGAGAAGAGGAUGGAGAAGUGGAAGACGGUUAUUGACCCGGUGAGUCAGGAGAAUUUUAGGAGGGUGAGUGGGCAGUUGGAGUUGGAAAAGGAUGAGUUUUUGGGGGCGUUGAAGGAGGUGAAGGGGGAUGAAAAGGGGGUGGGAAAGGUGUUGUUGGGGAUGAUGGGUGUUAGGUAUGAUUUUACGGGGCAUUAUAGGCGGUGA